GAGAAGAAGAAGAGCGGUGAAAAACGGACAAAAUAGCUUGCAGUAUUUGCAACAAGUUCUCGCAUUUAAAGCCAACUCCCACUCUCCAGGUUAACUAUGGAGGUGGAUCAGAUGCCGCUGGCCGACGUGGUCUUCAUCAUCGAGGGCAGCGCCAUCAACGGCGCGUACAUCAACGAGCUGAAGACCAACUACAUUCUGCCGACGCUUGAGCACUUCACCACUGGCUCCAUUGACGAGCGGGAGUACCUCAUCGCAGAACGUUUCGCCACGCUGUACGGUAUCGUUGUUUACCGCACCGCGGCCAAUCUGCUGGAGCCCGUGUGCACCACCUACGGACCCUUCCUGCAGCCCCAGAAAGUUAUGGAGACCAUCGAACGCCUGCCGCUGGUUGGAGGCGGAAUGGAGUCCUGUGCGCACAUGGCAGAAGGAUUUGCCGCGGCCCACGGUUGCUUCGACGACAUUAGCGAACGGCGGCAGCUGCUCGACCAGACCAACGUCCAGCGGCACUGCAUCCUCAUCUGCAACAGUCCGCCGUACCAGAUGCCCACCACGGAAUCGUGGAAGUAUCCGGGCAAGUCCUGCGAACAGCUGGCGGCGCUCUUUAAUGAGCGGAAGAUCAAUCUCUCCAUCAUUGCGCCUCGCAAGAUGCCUGUGCUUUUCAAGCUGUUCAUGAAGGCCGACGGAGAUCAGCCCAUUACCAGCAAGAACUAUGCCAAGAACAUCCGGCACCUGGUGCUGCUCAAGGGAUACAGCCUCAAGGAGCGAGCUCCCAGCCCCAACAGCAUGGCGGCCCAAAUGGCUGCUCCUAACGCAGGUCAGGCUGCAGUGCAGCAACAACAACAAAAUCCAGCGGCUCAGCAGCAACCUGGCCAGGGCAUGCCCAUGGACACCACCCCCGCCCAACAACAGCAGCAGGUACAACAACAGCAACAACAGCAGCAGCAGGGCAAUCCCCAAGUCAUGAACAUGAAUUCGAUGCAGCAACAGCAGCCCGUUCCCAAUCCGCAGGCGAACCUUCUCAAUUCCCAGCAGCAACAGCUCUUGCAGCAACAGCAACAACAGCAGCAGCAAAAUCAAUUUGUGCCUAACCAGAUGCAGAAUCCAAACUUUCAGCAAAACGUGGUGGCUGGCCAAAACCGUUGGAUGUAUCAAAAUCAGCCGGGACAGGCCCGCCCGACCUUCAUGCAAGGAGCAGGCAAUGUGGGUGGUGUCGGCCAAGGCGGUGGCAUGCAACCGAAUCCCAACUCUGCGCUGAUCUCGCGCAUUAAUGGGCCGCCGCCGAACCAAACCGUGACUUCGCUGCAGCAACAGCAACAACAGCAGGCCCAGCAGCAACAGGCCCAACAGCAACAACAACAGAGGAUGCAGUUGCUCAACCAGCAGCAGAUGCUCAACCACCAGCAGUUGCAACAGCAACAACAGCUGGCCCAACAGCAGCAACAGCAACAGGGUAAUCCCAAUGCCGGCAACAACAUGAUGCCGACGGGCAAUGCGGGCAACAUGCCCAAUCCACAACAGCAACAAGUGGGACAACAGUCGAAUCCCCAACAGCAGGGCAAUCCGCAGCAGCAACAGCAGGCGAAUUCGCAGCAGGAGCAGGCCUCCCUGAGGGAAAAGAUCUGGACCGGAGUGCUGGAGUGGUCAGAGAAACCGAAAUCGGAUCAGCAGAAAAUUCCGCACACGCUUCAGUGCACCGUGUGCACCAACAUAAAAGACGGCGAGCCCGAGAUCAAGGCUGAGAACUGGCCGCCGAAGCUGUUGAUGCAGCUAAUGCCCAAGCAUUUGGUGGGCAACAUCGGUGGGCAGUUCCUGAAGGAUUCAAAGAUGGUUGUUUUUCGACCGACCCCUGGAGAAGCACUCGAUUCGCUGGCCAAGAUGAUGACUUCGGGAUAUGCUGGCUGCGUCCACUUCUCCUCCAUCCCCAACGCGCCCGCCUGCGAUCUCAAGGUCCUCAUCCUGCUGUACACUCCCGAUCGCAACGCCUUCCUCGGCUUCAUUCCCAACAAUCAAGCCAUGUUCGUGGAGCGUCUGCGAAAAGUAAUACAGCAGAAGCAACAUGGCAACAUGCAGCAACAGCAACAAAUGAUGCAGCAGCAGGGGAAGUCGCCCAUGGAACUACAGCAGCAACAGCAACAACAGCAGCAGCAGAUGCAGCAGGACAACUCGCAGCAACAGCACUACAACCAGUACCAGCUCAAUAUGCAGAUGGGUGGAGGAGGUCCAGGCGGAGGACCGGGCCCUGGGCCUGGCGGCAUGCCCAUGCAGCAGAACCAGAUGCAGAUGAACAUGAUGCAGCAGCAGCGGAUGCCGCUCGGCGUUGGCGUUGGUCCCGGUGGCGUGCCCAAUCCUAACCUCCAGCAGCAAUUGCAGCAAGUGGCGCCCAACGUGGCUGCCAUGCAGCAGCAGCAAGCGCAACAACAGCAACAGCGCAUGGUUCGGCCCAUGAUGAGCAACAACAACCCCGGACUUCGCCAGCUUCUGCAGCACCAGACCACGCCGGGCAACCAGUUCCGCCCGCAGAUGGGCGGCCAGAAUCCUAAUCAAAUGGGAGCAGGCGGUCCAAUGGUCGGCAAUCGCAACUUUGACGACGGAAGCUACGAGUUUAAUAUGUAGGCUCCUUGAAAAGGUCGCGUUGCAGACUAGAAUUAAGUUUAUAUACAGUCCAACUAUAUGACAUCCCUAACUCGAAGUCCCAGAAUACUAUAGAGGUUUUCACGUCGGUUAGUUAUUUUAAUGUAUCUUUUUACCUCUUCCCAAUUCCCCAUAAACAUAAAAACGCAAUUAUUUUUGUCACUUUCAUCGUA